AUUGACAAGGUGGAUGUACAAACAGCAAAGAGAUACAGUGAUAUACUGAGUCAGAUACAGGCGUCGAAACGCCCUUCGACAAACAUCGUCAGGGUCAGCCAACUCGAUUCAAUGAAGCUCGACGAAGAGAUCCUAGAGCUACUCAAGUCACAGUUCAUGAGGAUAUUCAUGUUCUUUAGACCAACAUUUGUACAGAACUUCCAACCAGAGAUCAACUUGAUACUCAAGUCAGUGAUAUUCAAGUUGUCUAUAUUCAAUCUUGGCACUACAUAUGGCAAUCAGUUGCAGAACUUGACGUUUAGGAAUGAAAGAGCUUUUGAUGCGACCAAGGGCUCGGACUAUAUAUCGCGACUGACACUCCAACAGAAGUGGCUGUCGGGUCUGGUCAACAUUGGUGGCGAGUGGGCAUGGGCGAGGAUCAAUCGAAAGGCGGCGAAUGAGGCGUGGGGCGAUCUGCCCGACGACAGUCUAAAGAAGCGAGUGUGGCGCAUACUCAAUCACCUGGAAACAGUGUACAAACUACUGUCCAUCCUCAACUUCCUGGCCUUCCUAUUUGACGGCAAGUACGUCACACUAGUCAACCGUAUCCUGUGCAUGCGACUAGUCUACGCCCAGCCCUCACUCAGUCGGCGCAUCUCAUUCGAGUACAUGAACAGGCAACUCGUGUGGCAUGGAUUCACCGAGUUCUUCUUGUUCAUCAUGCCAUUGAUCAACAUUGACAGGAUAAAGGGAUUCAUUUACAGGACAUUCAUUCAGAAGCCAAGCAACAUGUUCCAACAACAGAACAGGUCGCAGCAGGGAGAGGACGCAGCAUUGGCGCCACAACUGCUUGCCCCACUGGUGUUGGAGAAAUGUCCGAUAUGCUUCAACGACCCUAUAUCGGUGCCCUACAUCACCGACUGCGGUCAUCUGUUCUGCUAUUACUGUAUAAAGACCAACUGUAUGAUAGACCCUACGUUCACAUGUCCGCGCUGCAACUCUAUCGUCUCCAACAUGAAGCGAUUCACCCCCUUUGCUGAGCCAUCCUCCAACACGUCAUCUCCGCGUCUGGCCGCCAAUGGGAAUGGGAACAAU